AUGACAGUGUCAAGACAGGGAGAACUGAUAUACAGUGAUAGUGCCAAUAGAACUGUGAACAUUGUCAGAGAUGGGAAGACAGAGACACUGAUCACCACACCAAGGGGCUGGCAUCCAUUAGAACUGUGUUGUACCAGGUCAGGGGACAUCCUAGUUAGUAUGUGUACUACUGAUAAUAGUCAUUAUAAAAUAGUCCGUUAUCAGGGACAGAGAGUUACACAGGAAAUAGAUAAAGAUGAACAUGGAGAUCCAAUCUAUCAAGGAGGAAAAUAUCAAGUGUUUGUGGUGGAGAACAACAAUGGAGACAUAGUGGCCUCUGAUCAGAAUGCUGACACAGUGGUAGUGGUGGACAGGACAGGAAAAGUCAGAUUCAGAUACAACGACAAACCUCCAGGGGGAAAGAAAUCAUUCUAUCCAUCCCAAAUAGUGACAGACUCCAUGGGUCACAUCAUUGUGGCUGAUUAUCUCAAUAACUGUCUACACAUCCUAGAUCAGAAUGGACAGUUCCUGAGAUGUGUGGAUAAUUGUGGACUAGAGCGUCCUAGUGGACUGAGUGUGGACAGUGAGGGGAGGGUGUGGGUAGGGUUGUUCGAUUCAGGGGAAGUGAAAGUCAUCCAAUACAUGAAAUAA